GUGGCAGCUGUCGGCAGGAAGGAACUGGUCUGGCCACACUUGCUAGGCUCCCGUAUCUGAUUCUCCAGAUCGGAUCAGCGUCUGGCUUUGUUUCCUGACUCCCAGGGAAAGGCUUCCCCUGCAAGUGCCGUCGAGUCCAUCCUCAGAGCUUGGACUCCUACAGCCCAUAGAGCCGGAUCCCUACAGUGUUCCAGGUCCCGACCCCAGCAGACACUGAGUGAUGGCCUCUAUGGGGCUACAGGUGAUGGGCAUCGCACUGGCCGUGCUGGGCUGGCUGGGCGCCAUGCUGAGCUGUGCGCUGCCCAUGUGGCGGGUGACAGCCUUCAUCGGCAGCAACAUCGUCACAUCGCAGACCAUCUGGGAGGGCCUGUGGAUGAACUGCGUGGUGCAGAGCACCGGCCAGAUGCAGUGCAAGGUGUACGACUCUCUGCUGGCCCUGCCCCAGGACCUGCAGGCUGCACGUGCCCUCUGUGUCAUCACCCUCCUUGUGGCCCUGCUCGGCCUGCUGGUCUACCUUGCUGGAGCCAAGUGUACCACCUGUGUGGAGGACAAGGACUCUAAGGCCCGCCUGGUGCUCACCUCUGGAAUCAUCUUCCUCAUAUCAGGAGUCCUGACCCUGAUCCCCAUCUGCUGGACUGCCAAUGCCAUCAUCCAGGACUUCUACAACCCCCUGGUGGCUGAAGCCCAAAAGCGGGAGCUAGGGGCCUCCCUCUACCUGGGCUGGGCAGCCUCGGGCCUUUUGUUGCUGGGCGGGGGGCUGCUGUGCUGCACCUGUCCUUCUGGGGGUUCCCGAGGCUCCAGCAAUUACAUGGCCCGCUACUCAGUAUCUGUCCCGCAUACCACCUCUCGGGGGCCCUCUGAGUACCCAACCAAGAAUUAUGUGUGAUGCCAGUGAGGGAGUGGGGGUCCCACUGGCAAUGGAGCCCUCGCCCCUGGGCUGGAGCCAUCAAGAGGUGGUGAUGUGUAACCGCUUUGGGGUUGGUUUUUAUCUUUUCUUUUUGCUCUUUUAUUUCUAUGGGGUAUUUUAAAAAUCCAUUUGAUAACUGCACCAGACUCCCAACUGGACUCUGCUGUUGGCAUUUCUCACCUUUGGAUGAUGGAGCCAAAGAGGUGGUGCUUUGAGUUUCUGGAUCUUUCUCCAGGGGCAGGGGAUGUCCCUAGACAUCCCCAUCUUGGAACCCAACCUGGAGCUGCGGAACCAGUGUGAAGGCUUGCUGUUCUGAUAGCAAGAUGGCCUGUCCCCAGGAGUUCCCACAGCUGCUGGAGGCUGGGCUUCCCUGGACUUGCAGGGACAGCUGCCCCUUCCUGGUCAGGGCUAUGGAACCCCAAGGGGCUCCUGAGCCUCUCUUCUCAACUCUGGAAGAGCAGGUGAUGCGUUAUCAAAGAACUGCCCACCUCCCAGUCUUCUGACCUCUGGCUCCUCCAUCCUGUUGUCAGGUCCCAGCUGUGCUAUAGACUCCUGCCCCUCACCUCUUACCAUGCACUCUUCUGCCCGUGCCCCGCCCACACUCACAAGUUUUUACUAAAUAAAGCAUGUUUUGUAUGUG